AUGGAUUUGACGGGCGGAAGUCUCGAUGCGGACCAUUUGUGUAUUCUAGUUCAUGGGCUGUGGGGCAACCCAAACCAUAUGAGACAGGUCGCGAGAGCGUUGCGAGCCGCACAUUCCGACGAUAGAUUGUAUCUACUUGUCGCCAAGCGUAAUAGUGGCAGUUUUACUUAUGAUGGCAUUGAAAAAGGCGGCGAGCGAGUCUGUUUGGAGAUUCAAGAAGAGUUACUGGCAAUAAAGAACCGUGGUGGCAAAGUCACCAAGCUGAGUAUCGUGGGAUACUCUCUGGGUGGUCUUGUUGCCCGAUACGCUGUCGGACUCCUUUACUCGAAGGGCGUUUUCAACGAAGUCGAACCUAUGAACUUCACGACGUUUGCAUCACCCCACCUCGGGGUACGGACUCCCUUACGUGGAUGGCACAACCAUCUCUGGAACGUCCUUGGGGCGCGGACGCUGUCCUUGUCUGGCAAACAGCUCUUCACGGCCGACAAAUUCCGGGACACCCAGAAGCCUCUCCUUGAAGUUCUCGCUACUCCUGGGACUAUAUUCAUGUCCGGACUCGCAUUGUUCAAGCGCAGAACAUUAUACUGCAAUGUGGUCAAUGACAGAACUGCACCAUAUUUCACCACCGGCAUAACCAAGACUGAUCCUUGGGUGGACAUCAGUAGAAUCAAGGCCAAUUACGUGGAAGGCUACGAAGACAUCAUUCUAAAUCCUCUCAACCCAAUAUCUCCUAGGGCACCAAAACAGCGACCGGUAACAUUGUCUUCAGUGACUACAGACACUUUCAAACUUAUUAAGAAAAUCCCGUUUCUCCUUUUCCUUGGCGUUUUCAUCCCUAUUGGCAUUGUCGUAUUCCUGCUCAAUGCUGGAUUCCAGACUGUCCGGAGUUCGAGGCGCAUUCGGUUGCAUGAGCUUGGGCUAUUGGGCGUCGAGCCCCACGAACAGCUUGUCAAUAUUAUGGUCAAAGACGUGCGAAACCGGAUCGAGGAGACCUUUGAAGAGAUGAAUAACUCGCAGCAACCAGAGUAUUUGGGGUCUUCAGAGGACGAAGGCGAAGAUGCAAUGAAUGAGAUAGAAAGAGAGACUUUGAAUCUGGAACGGAAGCAGUCGCACCCACAGUUUCCGACUCUAGCUCUCACACCUGGUCAGUUCGACAUGAUUCGAAACCUGGACAAUCUGGGAUGGAGAAAAUACCCUGUGUGGAUUCACAAUCAUCUUCACACACACGCUGCGAUCAUUAGGCGCAUAGACAAGCCGAGUUUCGCCGAGGGCCAUGUUGUCAUGCAGCACUGGCUGAACGAGGAGUUUGUGAUCUGA